AUGUCGCAAGAGCCUGAUACACCCGCAUCAGGGUCGCCCUUGUCUGAUAUUGACUCGGACGAAUUUCCAGAGGAUGUGAAAUUCAACCCCAGAUCACGUUCUCACUCGCGCGAUUCCACCAUCUCGGCCUCUGAUGAUGAUACCACCUCCCUUAAAAGCACCGCUGCGCGAACCACCGGUAUGCCACCAGCAAAACGUCGCAAGACAGGCACAUCAAGCUACGAUCAUGCAACACCCCAAUCUGCCUCUACAGCCAUUCCUCCCCGGUCCCCGACAGGCUCUAUCUCGAGUGAUACAGAUGGCUCAGUCCCAACUUCCCCUUCUUUCGCACAUCUUGGUCCUACCCAUCCACUCUCCACCGCCUAUGCAGCGGCGCAGGCAAACCCUGAAAAUCCAGAGUUAGCAGACUACGUCCAAGAGACGAGGUGUCUUUGGGAUGGCUGUUCGGACCGAGAGCAAGGAAACAUGGACAAUCUGGUGUCCCACAUCAAUGAAAUACAUAUUGUACCCCGUCAAAAGAAAUAUUAUUGCGAAUGGGACGGCUGUCAAAGAAAAGGACAGCCUCAUACAAGUGCCUACGCGUUGAAAGCCCACAUGAGAAGCCAUACUAAGGAGAAGCCUUUCAUGUGUCAGCUCCCUGAAUGCGACCGCAGCUUCACGCGUUCUGACGCACUCGCCAAGCACAUGAGGACAGUCCAUGAGACAGAGGCUCUGAGACCUAGCGACCCUGUGCCACGUGGACACACAGGGGGUAUCUCUAAUGGAGGCACUGGUGGUCCUUUGAAGAGGCUCAAGCUUACUAUGGGUGGCAAGAGCAAUGGUGACAAAAAGGCCAGCCUACUUGGAGAUCUACCUGCCCUGCCAACACGAUUUACCGUUGCGAUGAUGGGAUACCCACUGGAAGACAUUGAGAUGGCCGAUGUGGAUGGGUCUGAGGAGCUCAUUGACGCGGUUGAUGUUGACAGCGUGCCCUUUGAGUUGCCCGUCCCACAGGACUACUACCCACAAGAUGUGUGGGAGGAUAUGGAUGAGUAUGAACGUGAUAUGCCACCUUCGCAAUACUACGCCCUGUUACGCCGCCAGAUUGUGUGGGCAGAGCAGGAAGGACGUGACAUGGAGCGAGAACUGGGAGACUUGAGGUCACAGAUUGAGGACGCCCGGGGCAAUCUGCUGAGGAAAGGUUCAGGGGAUGAAAAGAGUGGUGACGAGAUUCGCAAAUUGAGGUGGCAUCGUGCAGAGGAGUUGCUGGAUACGUUGUUGCGAGCCGAGGUUCAACAGGUACAGGAGAUGUUCACGGGGGAGAAACCGGAUGUCGAUGACCAGAAUCCAUGGACGCUGGUCAAGAAUCUAGAGUCACUCACCACUGCAGGGCCGGCUGAAUGA